AUGGCUGUGCUUGCAGCUAUAUUGCCAGUGGUCUCAAGGAGUUCCAGUCUUGCGCUUCAAUUAUUUGGGAUCGCUGCUGCGUCGCCUGAUGCUGCGAAAGAUUUUGUGGCGGUCGCAAACAAGAUCAAUGGGUUUGCGGCAAUACUCAAGCAGGUGGGGACUAUUAUCAAAGAAGAUGAUCGCUUGCCAUCACUGGAGGCUUUCGAGGCUUUGGACGACGUGAUAGAACAAGCACAGAAUAUCCUUGGCAGUUUCGAAUUGGCAACGUCCCCAGAUGACGUCCAACAAUAUGCGAGGAGGGACAGUGCUCGCUUCACAGGAACUAGCCAGUCGCAACUAGACUUUCCCACCAAAGCGAAGCUAGAGUACCUUAUGGCUCACCUCGAAGCUUUGAGUAUGGCCUUGUCUGUGUUAUUGCAGACAUUGUAUACAUCGCAAAGUAUCAUGUGGUCAAAAAUGCGCCCGACGGUAUCCCCACAGCAAUCCGCCAAACUCGUCGAAAACGAGAAGAUCCAAUUAGAGACACUGGUCAUCCAACAACAGAUGUCGAUUCUUUCUGCAUCCAAUACAUAUGAACGAUGGCCACAUUCCGACACGCAUCUUUUGAUGGAGACAGAUAGCUCGCAGAGUUUGGUUCCCGUGGAUCGUGAAAAGACCCCCAAGCCAUCCACCCUCCACUUAUACCUAGAAAAAGACUUGACUAGUCUGGAUACAUCGGUAUUUACCGAGGCAAACUCUUUACCAGUAGUUUGCAGCGUCUCAGGCAAGCAUGCUGAUCACUUGCUCCAACAAUGGACGACUUUGCCUCAGUUUGAGAGCAGGCUGCGGGACCAAGAACGCGAACUGGAAAGACAAAGAAAGGAUACACAGCAAGCCACGGUAGAAUCGGACAGUGAGGAAGAGGAAGUUCAUUCUUCGAAGCUCUCAGGCGAUGGUACUCAGCGAGUGCAUAGAUCAGGCAGCCUUGAACCGCUCAUUAUUGAAGCCAAUACACCUGGAGUAACUUCGGAGAAGCACUACGGGCCUUCAGCACCACCGACACCCGCUGCUACUCCCCGUACUUCACAUACAAGUGUCAUGCCCACAGCCGAUCAGUAUGCAUCUACUUCGCCCCGUUCAAGUCUAGGAAGCCUCCCGGUCGAUGCAAAUGCUGCAGUGGAAGCCAAAGAGGAGGACAGUGAGGUUGACCUUGAGAUACCAUGGGUAUUAUGCACUCGCAAGUACUAUUGGAAGUACAUUGACGCUAGACAAAUCAGCUCAAACACUGAUCAAGGUCCUUCGCUAGCUUUCUCAGAACGCCACAGCUGGACAGAGAUCAGAGCCAGCUGGGUAUGCAAGGAGGCCAUACAAGAACCAGGAUACUAUUUUACAGAGUUCCAGAAAGAGAAAAAAGACAACAGGAGAACCAAAUCUGAAACUUACUUCCGAAUUGAACGACCUUUGCAGUUUGAUCAAGUCAAGCGUCUCGUUGAACGAACGGUUGAAAUCUAUCGGAGAAAAGCACCGCUCGAUCAUCAUCAGCAACCCUCGCCUAGAAGAUCUUCAUUCCAUCGCUCGCCGCCAUCGGGGAAUUUUGCAAAAGGAAGCACGUUUGAUCGCGAUCGCACACCAAUGCCUCGCAAUACACAUCCUCCUCUCGGUCACACAAACGCGCCGGGGUAUUUUCCCCCACCACCAGGACCACCCUCACUGGACCGACCCUUUUCAACACCUAGAUCGGGUCCCAUGUCCCAACCUCCUCAAACAAAUGUCAAUCCUCGCGCUUCGAAUCUACAGUUGCCGCCCCAGCAGCCGCCCCCUCCACAAUCUCCACGACUGCCUUCUUACUCGGCUCAAGCCGGCGGAUACCCAACAUCGUCAACGCAACCUAUGAAUAUAGCGUCCGCUUCGCCAAUGUACUUUCCUCCUCCACCAGCAUCAAACGGCACUUUACCACCUCCCUACUCACAACAGACCAACCAAGGUUAUCCAGCCUCGCCCCUCCGACAUUCAUACAUGAACCCACCGCAGCAGAAUCGUCGCUACGAUGACGAUUUCACGUCGACAGAAGAAGAGGACAGGGAUCGGACGAGACGGAGGAGAGACAAGGAUAGAAGGGGUGGUGGUGACAGGGAACGGGAGAGGGAGAGAGACAGGGGAAGAGAUCGAUACAGCAAAAAGAGCCAUACAGGAAGGAAAGCCGCCGCUGGUGCAUUGCUAGGCGUGGGUGGGCUGACUGCAUUGUUGGAUGGCCUGAGCGGGCUGUAG